CAAGUGGAACACAUUUACUCAAAAUUUAAAGAAACAUUAAUGGUUUGCUAGAUGUUGUAACCAGAGUCACUAUCACAAACUAGUAGUAUAUGGACAAAUGAGUUUUACCAAAUUACGUCAAAAUUUGCAGCCAUUUGAGAAGCUUUUGUAAUUUGUAAAGCUCAAACUAAUAAUAAGCAGACUAAUCACUGCCUCACACCCCAACCCACCACACUUACAAAAUCCUCUUGUUUUCUUGGUCAAUCUGCACAAAAUUUCAACAAUUUGGUUGUUAUACUGUGUUUCCAUUCAUGGGUUGUUCUGCUUCUCGUUCCUAUAACUUUGUUACAAAAGAUCCAGAAAACCCAUCAAACUCAUUUUCUUCUACACAUUCUCCGUAUUCUUACUCUGAUUCUUCUUCAACUCCAGUUUCAAGAACUCUGUCCUUACCUACUCCUCUAGUUCACCACCCACCCCUUUGUAAAGGGGACACAAACCACUUAGUCUCACUUACUUCCUCUACCUAUGGGUUUCUUGAUCCUCAAGUUCCAGACAAUCCCACCUCCUGUUUGAUGAAAUGCCACAAUGAGGGUGAUCCGCAAGACCUUUCAUCUCCUGACUCAGUUAUCAACACUUGGGAGCUCAUGGAAGGCCUUGAUGACUUUGAUUUUCGUAUGGUUCAGUCCCAUGUUGAAGAGUCUCCCUCUCCUAGAAAGUUCAAGUGUAAUAGUAAUGCUCAUGAUGUGAAGCCAUUGUGGAAGCAUUUGUCUGAGGAAUCAUUGUUGGCUAAAAUGGAUCCUAAUGUAGCUUUAAGUUAUCGAAAAGCAUUGUCUUCGAAACAAUUUGAGCAUCAAUCGAACAUAGUUAGGUCUGUGGAUAGGUCUCUGAGCUCAUUGUUGCUUAAUAGUGAUUUCUACUUAAAGGGUACUGAGGACAGGAUUGUUCUGUAUUAUACUAGUUUGAGAGGAAUUAGGAAGACUUAUGAAGAUUGCUGCUCUGCGCGUAUGAUCUUUAAAGGGUAUCGAGUAUGUGUAGAUGAAAGGGAUAUCUCUAUGGAUUCGUCGUAUAGGAAAGAGUUACGAGAUGUUUUGGAAGGUAAAGCAGUGAGCUUGCCACGGGUGUUUAUUAGAGGGAAGUACAUUGGUGGUGUAGAUGAGAUUAGACGACUUCAUGAGACUGGAGAAUUGGCUAAGCUUUCGGAAGGGUUUCCGGUUAAGGACGAUGGAUUCACUUGUGAAAGUUGUGGUGAGGCGAGGUUUGUACUAUGUCCUGGUUGCAAUGGAAGCCGGAAAUUGUAUGAACUGGAGGAAGGGACGUCAAGGAAGUGCCCGCGCUGCAAUGAAAAUGGAUUAAUUCGUUGCCCCGGCUGUUGUCCUUGAAGCUUCACUCUUUUGUCUGCUGUUUCUGAAUUUUGUUAUUACUAAUGUAUUGUAUAUGAAUGUGUAGGUUCAAUCAUAGACUUGUUUGUUUCAAAUUUCUAUAUUAUGUAUCUCUGGAGCUAUCAUGUUCAUUCUCUCUUGGAACAUGAAAAGUAAGCUACAAACUGGAAUAUUUCUCAGAGUUUGUUUGCUUCGAUCAACAUGAAGUGAAGUUUGCAGUUUAAACAGAUGGAUUCGUGAUUCAGCCAGUUUUUGUUUCGGUAUGUCAGCCUUAUCUUUGUUUUAUAUAAAAUAUGAUUCCUGCCGUUGCUGUCAAGAGAGUAAGUUGCUCCGGCUACCACUAUGAUCUGUGCAGUAAAUCUUAUUGUUGCAAGUUUUCUAUAAGUGAUGCCUUAUAUCUAUGCAACAUAAAAGUUUCAAUAUUUUUCCCUCAUAGGAAGUACAAGUUCAUUGUAUAUGAUGAGUUGCUUUGAAGCUUUACCAUAUUCUUAGUAGGUGAAUGUUGCAGUAAGAUAUGCACUCUCAACCAACGUCUCUGAAAAAACUACUGGUAGAGAGCGCUUCCCCUUAAUGGGCCUUACAUGACACGAAUUCAGAUCAGUCGGGGCCACAAAGCGGCUAUCAGACAUCGGUGGGGAAAAAACCGACGUCUUCAUUCUCUCUGUUGUAGCAGCUUUUCCGCUUAGUUUAGGUUUAUUUGUAUCAUUGUAUGUCAGCAUGGCAAUUUCUUCAUUAUAAAAAGUUGAAGUUCGUCAG